ACCUCAGGUGAUCCAACUGCCUCGGCCUCCCAAAGUACUGGGAAUAAAGGCACGAGCCACCGCGCCCGGCCAACUGCAAUGUAUUUUUAAGCGCUAAAGCCCAUAUUUGUGAAUAUAUUCCCCGCAAAAGAGGCUGAAUUGUCUCUAUAUUGGACUCUAAGCUAAACUUAGAUUUUCAUAAAGUAUGUUUCAUGGAAAAUUAUCUGAUGAUUACUGCCCAAAUGGUGUUAAUGUCUUGACUAUUUUUAGCAUUCAAUUCUAACACAUUAGCCCUGCUUUAAGAAUCAUCUCUUGAUAUGCCUUUUUUUUUUUUUUGACAUUCAAAACUACAAUAUUUCUAAAGUACUUCAGGUAAUGUUGCCCAGAAAACAACCUACAGGAUGGUGGCUGCCAACUAAAGUCACUGGAGCAACAGACAGUGGCUACAGUUACUAAGUAGGACUCUGUGUACAAAAUCAAUGGUCAGUCUGUAAAGUCCAGUACCUUUCAGAGUAAACCAUCUCACUCUGACUCACUUAAACAAUUUAGAUACACUAGUAUGAAGGUGAAGUCCCUUUUUUGGAGGGGGUGGAAUAAGCAAACGGAUGGAUACAUCAAACCAAAAGCAGAAGAAACACCUACAUUUUUUUUCUUCAUACGCUGAAAUGAAUAGUUAACAACCCAGUUACGUCUUUUGCCCCCUCCCGGUGGUUUAAAAAGCGGUGAAGAGCGCAGUGGGAGUAUUUUGGUUUUGAUGCCCCUUGCACAGGGAACCUGUUCUGACACAUUCUUGUGGUGUCCAGUAUAGGAAUUUCACCUGAGUAGAGAUCUGCUCCAGUGCUAAUAUUUCAGAUGCUGGGAAUCCCCUGCAGGCCUUAGCCAAAAGAGUUCUUAAAUGAAAAAUCUCUGUCCUGAGCUCCCUCCUGCAACCAGCCUUUGAACAGAAAAGCAGAGAAAAUUCUCAAAGGACAGCGUCUGUGCCUGGGCUGGUCCUCCUGGGAGAGGAGAGGAAUAAAACCAAUCCAGAGAGGGCACCCCCAUCUUUGUAAAGGAGAAGGGAGAAGUAAUUAGAAUGCCACGGAGGUGGGAAGAGAAAAAAAAGAAAAAAAGAAAAUUCGGGCCCUUUCCAGCAAGAAGAUGACGAGGAAAGGAAGAACGCCUGGUCGAGGGGGGCUGUCCCAACAUGGGGAGGGAGUGGACUAGGCCGGAGGGAGAGGGGGUGGAACGACGGCGCACAAACAAGCUGGAAGGGGAGGAAAAUGGUGACCCUGCACCCAGAACCGGCUCCAGGCCACGCCGCCCGCUUGGGGGCAACUUUGCUGGGGAGGAGGGUGCCGGUUCCCAUAGGCCUUUCAGACAUCUUACUUUUCAGCCAAGGAAUGUGAAGACUUGGCAAGAAGAUCCACUCCCCCGGCAUUGGGUCUAUGGAGUCUGCUUAAUCCGUGAUACCUCCGGGAAAAGUUGCUUACCAGCCAGAUGCUGCCACAUGUGCCCCAUGAUGAGGAAUAGCAGCAUCUACUACCAGCCAGGAGUGGUGCUGCGCACUUUGCAGUCAAUCCUCACAGCGCCCCCAUGAGGUAGAUCCUAGGAUUCUCCUCAGUUUCCAGAGGAAGAAACUGACCAUCUGGAGGUGACUUCGCUCCUGAAGGGCC